AUUUAAAACACUAUUUUAUUCUCAUCUUUUGCUGUUCUUAAUUAGGCCGGUUUGGAGCAUACAAAACAUCACCUCUUAGGCUAGGGAUCAGCAACUGGCAGGUCCUGAACCAUUUGCCCCCUAAAUGAUUUCAUAUGGCCACACUUGCCAGUCAAAAAAGAACAUAAGAACAGCCCUGAAGAAUCAGGCCUAACGCUUAUCUAGUCUAGCAUCCUGCUCCACACAGUGGCCCCCCAGAUGCCGCUGUGAAGGAAUGAGGCCUGAACGUCCUCUUUUUGUAUAUAAGAUUUCUAUAUUGCAAUUGCUUUGCUUACUCCCUAUGUCAACAAGCUGGGCAAGGGUCAAAUGUUCACAGCUCCUGUUCUACAGUUUGGUUUUGGAGGGAGAAGAAUUGUACUAGUUUAGUUUUGUAGGGAAGAGAGGUUUGAUUUGAUUGGGUAUGUUUUAAAAUAAUGGAGGGAACUGGAGUUGUGUUGAUUGGUUCGUUUGAAAAAAAUUGGAGGGAAAAAGAGAAUAUGAGGAGGUUCCCUUCAGCAGAGUCUAGUGCAGUACCAGUUGGAGAGCUGAAGAGCAGUAUUCCUUCUAACAGGGAUUCCCAGAUGUUGACCACAACUCCCAUAAUCCCCAGCCAAAGGCUGUUGCAGCUGGGGACGGUGGGAAUUGUGGUGAACAACAUCUGGAAAUCCCUGUUAGAGCGAACAGUGCUGAAGAGUCCAAGUGAAGGAGUUGGUCAGAGCAGUGCCAAUUGGAAAGCUGAAGAGAGUUCAAGAGAAGGAGUUGCUGUUACAGUCUGAGAGGGAAUCAGAACUGGUGUUGGAAAAUGUUUUCCAGAAAGAAUAGCAGACGGUAAAAACUAUGUCUGUUUUCCCUAAAAUCUCACUGAGACCAGAGGUUGAAGAGUAUCUGAGGGCUACAUUUAAAAAUGUUGAGCUCAUAACUGCUGUGGGUCCACUCAGAGCUGAACGGAAAUAUGAGUCUCUGUUAAAUAACUUGUCUCAUCCGCCAGCUUUCACAACUGUUCGAGUGAACACUCACUUGACAUCUGUGGAACAUGCAAGAAGUCUGCUGGCUGAAGAGAUCAACGAGCAAUAUAAAGGUCUUAAUGUUCCAGUUCUUCAGCAUCCAGAUCUUCUUGACAUCUUACUUAUUCCUGUUAUUGGGCCCAGGAAGGAUCUACAAAAGUUGACAAAUCAAGUUAUUGUUGGUGCACAGUGUGGGAAUGCAGUGCUUCGAGGAGCACAUGUUUAUGCUCCUGGAAUUAUAUCUGCUUCAAAAUUCAUGAAAUGUGGUGAUGUGGUCUCUGUGUACUCUGAUAUUGAAGGGAAAUGUAAAAGAGGAGCCAAAGAAUUUCUGGGAACCAAAGUUUUCAUUGGAAAUGGGAUUGCUGAACUGAGCCGCAGUGAACUUUUUAAUUCUAAUGGCCCACUGAAAGGGAUGGGAAUAAAAAUGACAGAGCCAAUCUACUUGAGUCCUUCAUUUGACAACAUGCUAUCUAGUUAUGUAUUUUUACAGAACUUGCCUUCUUCAGUUGUGAGCUAUGUUUUAAAUCCGCAGCCAGGACAGAGGGUUUUGGACAUGUGUGCCGCUCCUGGAGGGAAAACAACCCAUCUUGCAACAUUAAUGCAUGAUGCGGGGGAAGUGAUAGCCAUGGACAAGAUAGCCGAAAAAGUGAAAAAGAUUAAGCAAAAUGCUACAUUACUAAAACUGAAUAGUAUUAAGGCGUUUUGUUACGAUGGUACUAAAGCACUUGCUGUUGGCAAGAAAGAAGAUGGACAAGAUGAACCUCCAUUCUUACCUGAAUCAUUCGAUCGGAUACUCCUUGAUGCCCCCUGUAGUGGGAUGGGCCAGAGACCAAAUAUGGCUUGUUCCUGGUCUUUAAAGGAGGUGACUUCUUAUCAGCCUUUGCAGCGCAAGCUCUUUAGGGUGGCAGUACAGCUGCUGAAGCCAGGGGGCAUCCUGGUGUACAGUACUUGCACAAUUACACUUUCAGAAAAUGAGGAGCAAGUUGCUUGGGCACUUGAGACUUUUCCAUGCCUCCGGCUUCAGUCACAGGAGCCCCAUGUCGGAGGAGAAGGCAUGAUGGGAGCAGGGUUGUCACCUGAGCAAUUGAAAUGGUUGCAGAGGUUUGAUCCAUCGGAUAUAAUUCUGCAGGAAAUGGAUUUGAAUUUAUUGCAAGACUUCAAAUAUGAAGAUUUGAUCAGCCUGGCAAAUAAGGAUUGUAUAGGGUUUUUUAUUGCAAAAUUUAUAAAAGUGCAGUGAGAAUCAGACUUGGCAGCUCAUUGUAAAAGAGAAAAGAAAAAGAAAAAACCCUUUCCUGUUCACAUUUGGAGCAUUCUAAACUGCACCUCAUACUGCUGCCAUGUUGCCAAGCCAACCGGGCUGACGACACCGUUGCUAUGGCAGCAGUAAAAUCUGCCAACUGUUUCCCUUGGGAGCAAUCCACAGGUUGGAGAAGUAAGCUGAAGGAAGGGGCAGUUUCAAUUUGGAAGGCUCUGCUUGGUUUUGAAUUAGCAUUCGGUCACUGAUUGCACGAACUUGCUUAUUUUUCUGUGAGUUGAUAAUUUAAAAAGACUGCAACCAUGUACAGUAGUAAGUGGGCUUUCAGAAUAUCACUAAUGCAAUUAUGCAGGUCAUGUUUUUUGAAAUCUUGUUUACUGAACUCUGAGUGCUACUUUUGAAGGACAAUUUUAUAUAAUUAAAGGGUAUCAUUUCAUAUUAA